CAGCUAAGAACACGAUGGGGCUGCCAUUUUGCUGUUCUUUUUCCCAACGUCGACGUAAAAACCGCCAGGGAUCAACCUCUUGCAAGCGAUCCAUUAACCCAGAACACGAUUCUCCUGCGCCAUCCUCGCCUUCGCCCCUAGCGUUGCCUGACGCACUCCCGUCUAUCAUACCAUCCUCUCCUUUCUUGCUCUCGCCUUUCGGCCCUUCAUCCGCGGCACCGUCUCCAGAUCGGUCCCCCAAGCAUCCGUCCCCCAAGCGCCGCGCGGCGAGUUCUCCAGCCAUUCGUCGACCAUCCUAUACCCUGGCGCCGUCUCCUCGUUUUCUUGCACGCGAUGCAUCUCGGCUCUCGUCCUUCGAAACUGCCCCCUUGGCACGCAGCAGCUCUGGGAUCACCUAUCACCAAGACGUUAUCCUUGCGGCCUGUGAAAUCUGGGAAGAAGCAUACAAUGAGGUCAAGGACGACGAGGCGCUGAAGCCUCUAGUAAAAAACUACGAAGCGCUCUUCAAUACCGUCACAAAGGAUGGCUUUCUCGACUCGCGUCGCUCCUCGCGUAUCCAAAAGGAGCCCUUGACUGAUGACGAAGAGCAUAGCAACGCCGGCGAAGAAUGCUUUACGAGACUAGCUCAAGAAUACCUGGACCUGGCAAGGCGGGAUUCUGCCAGCCAGAGUAUUGUUUCUUCCGCAGUGCAGUUCAUCCAGAAGACGAGAGACGUUGUCGGCCUUGCACUCGCUUCCUCGCCACCUGCGUCACUUGCUUGGACCGGUAUUUGCACCAUUGUUUUGCCUAUCAUCGUCAACCACGCCGAGCAGAUUGCUGCCCGGGAGUCGGGCUUCUCCUACGUCAUGUCACGGUUUACAUGGUACGGUCAGGUUCUCGAUCUUCUGAACCGAGAGUACUGGAAAAGCCCGCAAAGCUUCUCCGCACUCCGACACGCGAUCCACGGCGAGAUUGUUGCCCUCUACAAACUUCUCAUAGAGUAUCACCUGCGAGCAUACUACACCUAUUGUCGCCCGUUGACUACGAUUUCCAGGGACAUCCUCAAACUCGAUGACUGGAACUACAUGCUCUCGGAGAUCAAAGAGAGCGAAAAGCGCCUGGAGGAUUACAUGAGUCUCAACUACGAACAACAUCUGCUGGACAAACUCCACACGCUUUCCAAGGAUGCGCUGCACAAACAGCGCUUUGAGACGCUGCUCAAGUUCAAGUUCCCCGACGACCUCCCCUACGCCGUCUACCAGGCUUACCUCGACAGCAUCGAGUCACCAGAAGAUGGUACUGGGGCUGGGGUCCUUACACAUCCAGUCUUUCUAGAGUGGGCUACGGGCAAUUCUGGUGUAUUUGUGUUGGAGGGUAUCCCGGGCUCCGGCAAGUCAGUUCUGUCAAAGUCCUUGUUGACGGAGCUGCCAAAGUGGAGGCCCUCGUCAAUUUGCGCCUUCUUCUUCAAAGAGAACGGCAAGGCUCAGAACGGAGCCACAACCGCGCUCUGUCGAGUUCUAGAUGAGCUCUUCCGAGAGCAGCCCGACCUCGUUGACAGAAUAUGCGCCAGAGUGGAUCACCUUCUCCCGGAGGAAGUGCGAUGCAAUUUCGAUCUGCUCUGGGGAGUGCUCGAGGAGGCUACCCAGGAUUGCGAGCCGGGGAGUGUCACCUUUGUUCUGGACGGAUUCGACGAAUGCGAGCCGGAAUCGGCUGACAAACUGUGGCAGAAGCUGACCGAAUAUCUUGCUGGGCCCAGCCCAAGGGUGAAGUUCUUCCUCACCACACGCCCUCUAGUUUCGGCACCGCAACUGAUAUUCUCUCCCGGCGUUACGGUCCUAAAGCUCGAGGAGGACCCACAUUGCCUUAGACACAUUAGCAAAGACAUCGAGAGCGUCGUCAUGGCCCGCUUCGAUGGAUUUGCGCUGCGGUGUAUCCAGGACACCGGGCUGAGACAUGAACUACUGGAAUUCAUUCGGCCGAGGGAAGACAGGACGUAUCUGUAUGUCAAGUUGUUGUUCGACUACCUUGAUUUGAGAAUGCGGGACGGUCUGCCGCGAGUGCCCCGUGGUUGGAUCGACAUUUUCAAGAAACUGCCAGCGACGGUGAAAGAGGCAUACGUUGGGUUCCUCAACCGGGUUCGGGAAUCCCAGAGGGACGACGUCAAAAGCUUAUUUCGGAUCGUCCUUGCCGCUGCGAGGCCGCUCACUCUUCAGGAGGUCAAUAUCGCCCUCAAUAUCCGAGACCUUCCAAACGGGAGCAAACACGGCCUGGGUCUACAGGACGAGCACUGUUUUCGGAACUGGAUUCUGGAUGCUUGCAAGUACUUCUUGGAUGUCUACAAUGGCAGGGUCUACUUUAUCCACCAAACUGCCAAGGACUUCCUUCUGGCUGGUCCAGGGGAGAACGGACACAGAAAGCCGGAUUGGCUGGGCGAUUUCACCAUCCAGGCUUGCCAUAAGACGUUGGCCGAGAGUUGCAUCUUGUAUCUUUCUCUGGCCUUGCGCGUACUCUCCCGAUUCAAGGGCGUCGCCACUACCACGGAGAAUAACGGCGAACACCACAUGUGGGACGAUGCUGAGCUCGCAUUUGCUAGCUACGCACAUUCCUUUUGGCAUAGCCACGUGUGUGUGGCUCUCGACGCGGAUACGCCGAGUGGCCAAGAAGAGUUCCUCAGCCUACUAGACCAUCUUGUCCUCACUGACCAUAGCGGGAAGCCACUGCCUCGCACCCCACGAAUCCAUAUCGAAUCUCCACAUGCCCUGCAGCGCUUCAGCUCAGUCCUCCGCUCAGUGUCAACAAUCCAAGCCGUCCGGGCGCUGACAACCUACCAACACCACUCCCCGCUCCCACCAGACUGGUUCUCAGUCCGCUUCACCAACAAACGCACCCGCGCCCGCGCCGACCCCCUCCACCUCCACGACGGCGACGUCCUCGCCUACACGCUCUCCAACCGCACCGACACCCACACCGCCUACGUCCACAUGCUGAGCCUCAACGCCUCCUGGACCGUCGGCACCCUGCUCUGGAACGUGCGCAUCCCCCCGCGGCAGCAGCGCACGGGCGAGCUGACCAUGGCGCUGCCGCGGCGGGUCAAUGAUGAUGACCCGCCCGAAGCCGAGGACACGAUCGUGGUGAUCUUUUGCGUCGGCGAGCAGUGUGCCGAGCGGCUGGUUACGCCGGCGGAGUGGUUGCGCAGUGUGUAUGUCCCGCCGGUGUUGCUGAAGCCUGGGGUCGGGAGUGUAAGGGUGCCGGUGUGGCCGGGGUUUGUGCCGCCGCCGAAUUGGGUGGUGAUGGGGUUUGGGGUGAGGACGAUGCCGAGGGUGAGGGAUGAGGAGGGGGUGGAAGGGGAUGAGGGUGGUGGGUGAAGCGAGUGAUGACGGGGGAUAAUGUGUUUGGGUUGGGGUGAGUGUGAUGCGUGGGCGUUGUGAGGCAAACAAUGUAGUGUUUUCUGCGCUUGGUCAUAUUGCCUUAUUGCUAUGGAGUGUCGAUCAAGGUGGGAGAUCGGCUUGCUUUUGCUUGCUUCUGUUAAGAAUGGUUUAUUUAUUGGUUGUACACACUUACACGGAUUCAAAAAGAGUGGGAGCAGACUCAGCAGAGGACUUGGGUAAGCAGUUAUGCUAAACGCAGUUAUCCGUUUUAUUGUUUACUGACUGGAGCUUUCCACCCUGGUGGAGGGUUAAAUAGUGCAAUAUCUGUCGCACAGAAAGCAACGAUGGAGCUCACUCGGAUUAUGGCAUGAUGUACCCACUCCCUGUGGCCACUUCGGACUGAAUGCCGGACCGCGAAUACCCAAUUGAUGCG